CGGAAGGGAGACAGAACCCGUGUCGCGUCCUUGGGUUUGAAGGACACUAGUCAAACCUGUUUGAAUCGCAGCUCUUCCCUGAGUUACUGUCAGGAUUGUGGGACGAGGCCUGGCUGCCUAGUCUGAGUUAGAGAAGGGUCUGAUGACAAAAGUGGGAUUUCGUUAUUAGUCAGGACCAUUUAGUAAUUGAAAGUGGGCUGUCACAGUGUUUGCCAAGUAAUUCCUAAGCGGCCUGCUCUUAAAAAAAUAAUGAGUAAUCAUAACUAGCAUAGUUCUUUGGGUACAGACUUGAGCCUUAAAAGAAAUUUGUAAAUCUCAAAUGUUUUAAACUUUCCACAGAAAUCUUUACUAUAUUAAAUUGUCCUUUCUUGAUAUAUAUUUUUUAAAUACCACAAAUUCUGUUUAAUUUAGGUGCUUAAUCAUUAUCAACUACUUUUAUUGAGUAUCUACAGUGUGUAAGGUACUUUGCUAAGUCCUGUGGAUAUGAAAUUACAGGCUGUUUUAACUUACUACAAUAAUUUCUCCUAAUCUCACCCCACAGUGAUGGUCAUUGUCCACAACAGAGAUGGAGGAAAUAUCGAUCCAGGAAGCAGCAGGAUCACCAAGGGUCCAAUUUCAGUCUUUGGAGACCCACUCUGAAGGUCUGUCCCCAGAGCCUCAGUUCCUGCAGGACACAGACAUGGAACAGGCACUCACUGGGGCUCCACCUGUUCCUCAGGUGCCUGCUCUUCCCCACGAGGGAAGCCCAGGAGACCAGGCAGCUGCACUCCUGACAGCCAGGUACCAGGAGUUUGUGACAUUCGAGGAUGUGACUGUGCACCUUACUCGAGAGGAAUGGGGAUGCCUGGACCCUGUUCAGAGGGAUCUCUACAGAGAAGUGAUGUUAGAGAAUUAUGGGAACGUGGUCUCACUGGGAUUUCCAAUUUCCAAGCCUGAUGGGAUCUCUCAGCUGGAACAAGAUCUACAGGUCUUUGAUCUGGAAACUAAGAAUAGAGAAGUCUUAAGAGAUGACUGCUCAGAUGGAGAAACCAGAGAAGAGAACAAGCUGUUGAUUCCUAAGCAGAAAAUGUCAGAAGUACAUUCAUGCAAAAUGAGAGUAGGAAGACUCAAAAAGGAUGUCACCCAAGUUCCUGAGACUAGAGAAGUGUAUAAACCUGAGGACAGAUUAGAAAGGCUUCAGGAAAUCCUAAGGAAAUUUCUGUUCCUGGAGAGAGAGUUUAGGCAAAUAACAAUCAGCAAGAAAACUUUCACCAGUGAGAAGAACAAUGAAUGUAAUGAACCUGAAAAAAGUUUCACUCUGGAAUCUACCCUUGAUACAGACCAGAGAGAUCUUAGAAUACAGAACAUUGAUGACAUUGAUAAGUAUGACAUUAGCCUCAACCAGAAUUCAGCUGCUGAGAAACAUGAACAAGUAAAUCUAACACAGGAUUUUCAGAGUAGUGAAUAUAAAGAAAGCUUAAUGGAUCUUUCCCACCUUAGUAAGUGUGAGAGCAUUCCCACCACUGAGAAAUCCUAUAAAUGUGAUGCAUGUGAGAAAGUCUUCCAUCAGAGCUCAGCCCUUUCUAGACAUCAAAGAAUUCAUACUAGAGAGAAACCCUACAAAUGUAAAGAAUGUGAAAAAUCUUUCAGUCAGAGCUCAAGUCUAAGUCGACAUAAAAGAAUACAUACAAGAGAAAAACCCUAUAAAUGUGAAGCAUCUGAUAAGUCAUGUGAAUUAUCUGAUAAGUCCUCUAGUCAGAGCUCAGGCAUAAUGAAGCAUAAGAGGAUUCACACUAGAACAAAAUCUUAUAAGUGUAGCAAUUGUGAAAGAGUAUUUAGUCGUAGUGUACACCUUACUCAACAUCAGAGAAUUCAUAGAGACAUGCCCUGUAAGUGUACUGUAUGUGGCAGUGACUUCUAUCAUACCUCAUAUCUUGCUGAACAUCAGAAGGUUCACUGUGAAGAGAAAGCAUAUGAAUACAAUGAGUGUGGGAUGACCUUUACUAAACAUCAAGCAGUUCGUCUCAGAGAAAAGCCCUAUACGUGUAAUGAAUGUGGAAAAGACUUCAGAUUGAAUUCCCAUCUUAUUCAGCAUCAAAGAAUUCACACAGGAGAGAAACCACAUGAAUGUAAUGAGUGUGGAAAAGCUUUCAGUCAAACCUCAUGCCUUAUUCAGCAUCACAAAAUUCACAGGAAAGAGAAAUCCUCUGAGUAUGAUUAUGAGGAAAGUUUUAAUCGUAGCUCAGAUCUUGUUCUGCAAGGAGAAGUCCUCUCCAGAGAAGAAGCCUUUGAUUGUGAUGCAUGGGAAAAGAAUCUCAUUCAGAGAACACAACUUGUUCAGCAUCAAAGAAUUCAUACCAAAGAGAAACCUUAUGAAUGUAAUGAACAUGGGAAGAUAUUUAGUCAGGUUCAGGCCUCAUUCAACAUCUGAGGGUUCACACCAGGGAGAAAUUGUGUGUACUGAAUGUGGUAAAAACCUUCAGUCAGCUCAACCUUUAUUCAGCAUCGGAGAAUCCACACCAGAGAGAAACCCUCUGAAUGUGAUGAAUGUAGGAAAGCUAUUAGUUAGUGUUAAACUCUUAAUUGAUGCCUGCAAACCCAAACCAAUGAGAAAACCUACAAAUAUAUUGAAUGUGGUAAAUGCUUCAUGUUAUGUUCAUACCUUAGUCAUCAUUGGAGAAGUCAUACAGGAAUAAAAUCCCAUCACUGUAAGGAAUGUGAAGAAGCCUUCAGUCAAAGAAGCUACCUUGUACAGCAUCAAAUUUAUUCCAUGCAGAAAGCCUGUGAAUGUAAUAAAUGUGUGUGUGAAGAUUCAGUCAUAUUUCAGUCCUCAUUCUGCAUCAAAGAAUACAUACCCAAGAGAAGCCAUUGAGUAUAGGAGUUCAAGUCUUUUUCAUCAUCAGAAUAUCUACACCAGACCAGAAUCUGAUAUAACUCAAAUGGAAAAAAUUUACUGCCACAUUUCAGGCUUUAGUCAACAUCAAAAUAUUGGAGAGAAAAUUGUCGAUUAUUUGCAUAUGAAAUCGUUAAUAUAUAGUCCCAAUCUUUUUCAUUGCAGAAGAAUCUAGCCUGAGGAGUAACAUGGUGAAUGCAGUGCUGUUUUCUCAUGGCAUUCUUUAAUAUAAUAGGUGUUGUAAGUAACUAUGUAUACUUUAUUUAUGGAAUUCAUUUAAGCUAUUUUUAUUUUAAUAUGGCUUAUAAACAUUUUUAUUUUUCCUGAAAUUGGUACUUAUUGUUCACAGCUUCCCUAAGGUACUGUUAUUACACCAAUGUUAAAACAUUUUAGCAUCUGGAAAGUAGCUCUUAGCUUUCUCUGCUGUUCUCAGCCCAAGUUUUCUCCAAAACAGACUGUUAGGCCUGCUCUUUUCUGGGAACCCUAAUUCCUAUUUGUUUCCAGCCACAACACUUGGAUUCCUGUUGAUUUCUCCAUUCUCUUAAGCGCCUUCAAAUGAUGGUUUCCUAGUUUUAAGGUUUUCACCAGCAGGUAUGCCAUCACUACUUGAUGUUGCUGUUGUGGUGUCUUCUUUCCUAAAGUGAAGCAUCUUCCUUUAAAAGAAUUGGAUUUCCACAUCUUGUUCACCCAUGAGUAUGAAGAAUUCUGUCUCCCCUGAGUUUGUGAAAGGCAGCUAAACAUUUUCAAGCGAUGCCCAAGUUCUUUGCUGCCUUAUUUGCAUCCACAGCCCACUAAAAGAGAUGAUAAGGACAUCAAGGAGCCAAAAAGACUUCUAGUGGUGUAGCUACAUUCAUUCAGCGUCUACUCUGCAUGUUUAAGUUUAGAAAUACUUUAUAUACUUCCAUUGAAGGCCAGGCAAAAUGCUUGGGUCUGCUUUUGAUAGGGCAAAACAUAAAGAAUAUAUACUAAAAGAUCAGAGAGCUUCAUAAGGCAGAGAGCUCAGCCUUCCAACAAAGAUAUUAUUGGAGUAUUUCAAGAGAGUUGGCAGUUCUGUUCCUGGAAAAAUUUUAACCAUUACGAUUGUUUAUUUAUUUAUUUGGAUUUCCACCCCCAAUCUCCCCUCAUCAAUCUAGGACAGUAUUUGAAGUGUGGCAUUGUGUAUAAUUAUGUAUUCAUUCAUUGUCGCAUUUUUGGUAUUUUACUAGAGUCUACAGGCCAUAUAAAAGAACAUGAUUGAUAAAAGUGAUCACAGAUGUUGACUCCAGAGUUCAGGGUCACCAUCAUAACACUUAGCAACAGUUUAUGGUUCUUUAGAUGAUGUCAAAGCAUUUUGUUAUAUUUUUCCAUCUUAAGCUCCAUAAUAUUUUGUGAAUAAGAUGUUAUUUUAAAUUCUAGUCAUUCCAGCAAUUGAGGCCUUCAUAGUUCAGAUGUUAUAAUAUUCAAGAAGGAUCCUCAACAAAUAUAUAAAAAUGUAUUGCUUGCUUUAUAAGCAUUUUAUGGCUAACCUCUAGGAUAGUUAUACCAGUUAUUUUACCUCUUAGCCAUCAGCAAGCAUAGGAUCUAAUCAGGGCAAGGUAGGGAUCUAAAUGUAAAAUCAAAUGAAAAUGCAUGUUUUUUUUCUGUCAAUGAAUGUGUAUACUCUUAUGUAUAGAGACUAAUAGUCACCUUUGGUGAUUAUGAAACAGAGGACUAAGUAAUCCCUAAAUAGCAGGAUAUAUAAACAUCACAUGUAUGCAUUUGGUUUAGGAAUGUGCUUUUUACCUCCACUUGAGUAAAGGUAUGUUUGAUACUCUGAGAAUCUGUUUCAAAUAAAAUCUGAAAGCCUUAGCUGAAAGUAUUUGGAAAUCUUAGAAUCACCUUUCUGGCUGCAACUCAGUUCCUCCAGAAACCUGCUUUAUAACAAUAGUAGAUCAUUCCCCGGUGUACAGAUACUUGCUCUUUCACAGAACUCUUGAGGAAUAAAGUCUGAAUGUUUAGGAUUUAAAGGGUUAUUCUAUUGGGAUGUUGUCAGUACAUAAAAUAUGAGUAAAUUGAGGUUUCAGUUGAACUAGGAGAAUAUGCUUUAAAAAAGAAAAAAA